GACAAAAUAUCCCAACCUCCAAACCUACCCACACUAUCGACGCCCAUCUUUGACCUACCCACAUCUCACAAGUCAACCAACCACCCAACCCACUUCACCCACCAAAAUGCCCAUCCGCAGACCAGGCUCCCCCAACGCCACGGAAGGCGGCCGCCCAGACGGUCGGAACGAAAGGACGACUGAGGAAGCAGCCAAGAGAGCAAAGGAGGAGAGAGACCAAAAGAAUAAUAAUGGUUUCAAGCUCGAGGCAACUGAGAAUAAGGAGAAGGAAGAGAAGAAAGACGAAAAGAAAGAGGAAGGGGAUGGUUCCAAGUAGUAGGAGUGUCUCUAAGGAUUCAGUGAUGGUUCUUUGGUUGCAGUGGAUGUUGGUGUGGGGAGAGAAAGGGGGGUGGUGGAGUGAUGGGAUGUUGUUGGAUCUAGACUGAUGACGGGUGGUGGAAUUGAUAUGACGAUGAGGCAAGGAAGGAAAGGGAGGUAAGGGGUAGAGAAUACUAACCUAGUUAGGGCGCGUUGCUUUGUGGAAUUGUGACUUUUUAGAGUUGCCUUGCUCAAACUGGUGUUUACCUUGUCUUAGUAAACGAAAGAAUACUCUCAUCGC